AUGGCAAAUAAAAUAGAUUUAAGUACCAUAAAAAUCGUCAGAAAGAAGAAUCCCUCAACUGCCAAAAAUCUAUUAAAACGAUUGAAAAGGAAACAAAAACAGAAUGAACACAAAGAUGUAAACGGACCAUCUAAAACUAAUGCCCAGACCCUGAAAGAAUCCUUGAAAAACCAUUUUAAAGACUUUGAAAAUCACCUAAAAGAUUCAGAAGAUAUUGAUAUAGAAUAUAUUCCACUAGGUAUUAAUAAUUUUAUACCGUUAAACAUUGAGGAUUAUGGAGACUUUAAAGGAGUUUUCGAGAAGUUUUCUGAACUUGAAAAUCAGUCAGUGGAAGAGGAACCUGCACCGGUUGAACAGGAACCAGAAGAGGAACGAUUUGAUGAUUCAGACUCAGACGAAGAUGAAUCGCAAAGGAGAAUGAGCGCCAAGAAAAUGAUGAGAUUAAUGAAUAGACCAACACUCUACGAACUUAAACAAUCGGCUGAAAAACCAGAAGUGGUUGAGAUUUGGGAUACAACAGCAUCGGAUCCAAAGUUUUUGGUAUGGCUCAAGGGACAGAGAAAUACAGUACCCGUGCCUUCUCACUGGAGUGAGAAGACUCCGUUCAUGCAGAACAGACGCAGCUCAGAUAAACCUCCAUACAAACUACCGCCUCAUAUUGAGGCCACUAAGAUCUCCGAAAUAAGGUCUGCACUCCAGAUUAAGGAGAACGAGAAGAGCUUGAAACAGAAACAGCGUGAAAAGGCCAGACCAAAAUCACAUAGAAUGGAUAUUGAUUACCAGACACUGCACGACGCGUUUUUCAAAUACGCAGUUAAACCACCUCUUACAAAGUAUGGUGACGUGUAUUAUGAAGGUAAAGAAAUGGCGUUAAGAAUGAGGAAUUGUAAACCAGGGCAAUUAUCCGAAAGACUCAAAAAUGCACUUGGAAUAGGUGAAAACGCACCACCACCAUGGCUAAUUAAUAUGCAAAGGUACUUUCCAUAUACUAAUACAAUUACUUUCAUCAUAAUUAUCUAUAUUAUACAUUUAUUUGGACCUCCUCCAAGUUAUCCGAAUUUACGUAUUCCUGGAGUAAACGCACCCUUGCCAGAAUCAGCAUCGUUUGGCUAUCAACCAGGUGGCUGGGGAAAUAUGCCGACAGAUGAGUCAGGGAAUCCAUUAUACGGUUACUUUGACUCAUCCUAUUACGAGGAUAAUCACAUAGACAAGACCUUUUUUGGUGAAAUCCCACAAUUACCCGAGGAAGAAGAAGAGGAAUCUGAAUCAGAUGAAGAAGUUAAGGAAGAAACAGUUAAGGCAGCACAAGCUGUUUCAGACACACCAAUAUCAAUUGGAAUAAAUACACCUUUGGUCGAUGUUGGACUAUCUGCUCUGGACACACCGCUACAACCUAUGAUGCAGGCCACCCAGGCCCCAAGAAAAGCUUACACUGUUCUUGAGCCUAAGGUUGCAGCACCCUCAAAUGCUCUUUUUGGAUCUCAAAUCACUUAUCAAAUGCCCCCGCCAGUAGCGACUCCUCUGGGCAUGGGAGGAUUAAACACACCACUAGGAGGUAUCGCAACACCAUCACUGACUACUGAAGAAGUGGAUGGAAUUAGUACAACUGACCAGAUAUUAAGGCAGUUGAAAUACCACGAAGAAAAAGCCAAAAAGGUACACGAGGAAGCUGGACAAAUUGUCGUAACUGAAAACAAGGAUUUAAAUAAGAAAAAGAAAAAGAAACAAAAACAUUUUUUCCAACCAUUAUUUUCAACGAUGGUUCAUUUAAUAUCAAACAAACUGGUAAAUAUGAAAAAGAUUAGAAUUGAGGAGAAGAGAAUGAAUUUGUAUAAAUUAAUGAAUGAAGGCGGUGGGUUCUAUAGUAAAAAGGAAGUCCAUAAAUUAGCAAGAAUGUGCUCAAUUCCACCCAUGGUAGUCAAAGAAGCUGAGAGUAACAAAUUAAAGGAAGAGUUAAAGGACAUAGAUAUUGAUAAAGUAUGUGAGGAGUAUGAUAAUUUAAAUAUGAAAGUUGAAGAAUUGGAGAAAAAUCUAGUGGACAACAGAGUGGAUGUGGUUGUUUUGAAGAAGCAAAUCAGCGUGGCCAAGAGUGCGAUUAUAAGGUUUGAAUUACACAUUUAA